AUGGCAAGUAUGAAAGUUAAACGACUCAAUGAGAAAUAUAAAGUGAUUGAAUUUUUUGAUGAUCAUAAUCACCCACUCCAUCCACCAGAAACUGUGCAUAUGUUAGCUUGUCAACGAAGAAAAACUGAAAAUCAAGCAUAUGAACUUGAAGUGGCAGAAGAUGCAGAGAUUCAACAAAAAGCCUCAUUUGAUUUGAUGAGUAAAUAUGUAGGAGGUAGAGAGAAUCUAGGGUAUACCAGGCAAGAUGCAAAGCAUUAUUUGAAUUCUAAGAGGCGACGAGAUAUGGCUUAUGGUGAAGCUGGGUGUUUGCUACAAUAUUUCCAACAACAACUCAUAGAUGAUUCCUCAUUUUUCCAUGCAUACCAAAUUGAUUCAGAAGAGCAAAUAACAAAUGUCUUUUGGACCGAUGCAAGAAUGUUAUUUGACUAUCAAUGCUUUGGUGAUGUGAUUUCUUUGGAUACCACUUAUUGUGCAAAUGGAGAUCAUCGUCCCCUUGCAAUUUUCUCGGGCUUUAACCAUUACAGAGGAGGGGUGAUAUUUGGUGCUGCAUUAUUGUAUGAUGAGACAAUUGACUCCUUUAAAUGGCUUCUUGAAACAUUUUUGCAGGCACAUAGCAAGAAAAGAACACAAACUGUUUUCAUUGAUCAAGACCAAGCCAUGGCAAGAGCAUUGCGGGAGGUUAUACCAGAGACAAAGCAUGGUUUGUGCACGUGGCAUAUAAUGAAAAAUGGAAUCAAACAUCUUGGCAAUUUAAUGAAAGAUGGAUCAAAUUUCUUAUCUGAUUUCAAGAAGUGUAUGUAUGAUAAUGAGGAAGAAACUAAUUUUGAAGCCUCAAGGAGAACCUUAUUAUUGAAAUACAAUGUAGAAGAAAACAUGUGGUUGAACUCCGCCUACCAAAUCAAAGAGAAAUGGGCAGUGUGUUAUAUGAAGUAUGCUUUUACGCUUGGUAUGUCUAGUACACAACUAAGUGAAAGCUUUAAUUCAGAUAUAAAGAGUUACACAAGGCCUAAUUUAAACAUCAACCAAUUCUUCAAGCAAUUUGAAAGGAUUGUCAAGGAAAAAUGGUAUAGUGAGUUAAAGCAAGAUUAUGAGAUGCGUCAGAAGUUGCCAAGAAUGAUCAUACAAAGUUCACCUAUGAUUCGACAACUUUCUCAAGAGUAG